AAGCAGCAGCCGCCGGAGCCCCAGUGUCUGAUUCAUCCUGCGCCGAGGGGAGGAACAACAGGAACCGGGGCUGAGCGGAGCCAUGGCAGCUCUGGAUGCCGAUUCCCCUGGAGCGGAGGAGUGUCUGGAAGAGGACGAGGAGGAGCUGGAGAUGAGCGUGGAAGACCCGGAGAAUGAAAGUGCCGGGAAGCCGGCCCCGGGGGGGCGCAGCUGCAUCCUCACCCGGCGCGGCAUCACGCUGCGAGUGCUGCUCAAGGACGGCCUGAUCGAGCCAGGGGAGGGCGUGCUUUCCAUCUACUACCUGGGGAAGAAAUUCCUAGGGGACUUGCUGCCCGACGGGAAGAUCACCUGGCAGGAGACGGGGCAGGUGUUUAAUUCGCCCAGCGCCUGGGCCACAUACUGCAAGAAGCUGGUGAACCCGGCGAAGAAAUCGGGCUGCGGCUGGGCCUCGGUGAGGUACAAGGGGCAGAAGCUGGACCAGUGCAAGGCGGCCUGGCUGAAGAAGCACCAACCCAAUGCCCCCGCGGCCGAGGAGAGUCUGGUGAGCGAAGGGGAGGAGGAGGAGCUGGCCGAGGAGGACGAGGACGAGGCCCGGGAAGGUAAAAUCACCCUCUCGGAGCCUGCGCUUGGCAAGAAACUGGAGGAGAAAAGCAAGAAGCACCAAAGCAAGAGCCUGUUGGAGCAACACAAUGCUGAUAACGGGCCCCAUGGGAAGAGACUGGAAAGCAAGAACCGCACUCCCGUCCGUUACUGCACGCUGGGAAGCCGGGACUCUGCCAGGAAUCCGCACACCCUGGUGGAAGUGACCUCCUUUGCAGCAAUCAACAAGUUCCAGCCGUUCAACGUGGCCAUCUCCAGUAACGUGCUGCUGCUGCUGGACUUUCACAGCCACCUAACGAGGAGCGAGGUGGUUGGCUACCUGGGAGGCAGGUGGGACACCAGCAGCCAGGUGCUGACAGUGCUACGAGCGUUCCCCUGCCGGACGCGCCUCGGAGACGCCGAAUCGGCAGCCGCCGUCGAGGAGGAGAUCUGCCAGAACCUCUUCAUGCGGGGGCUGGCGCUGGUGGGCUGGUACCACAGCCACCCCUUCAGCCACGCCCUCCCCUCGCUGCAGGACAUCGACGCGCAGAUGGAUUACCAGCUCAAGCUGCAGGGGAGCAACAACCGCUUCCAGCCCUGCCUGGCGCUCAUUUGCGCACCAUACUAUCACGGCAACCAAGGCGUGGAGUCCAAAAUCUCUCCCUUCUGGGUUAUGCCACCUCCGGAGCAAAGGCCCAACGAUUACGGCAUCCCCAUGGAAGUGGAGGUCACCUACGUGCAGGACGGGUUUCUCACCAAUGACGUGCUCCAUGAGAUGAUGCUGCUGGUUGAGUUUUACAAAGGGGCUCCAGACCUGGUGAAGUUUCAAGAUAUAUGGAGCCAGGAGCAGACCUACUUAGAUAAGCUAAAGGGCUCCCUCGCCUCCAGGACUCCCAAAGAUCAGGGCUUCGCCCACGUCUUGGAACAGAUCUACACCCUCCUGAAGCAGGGCAGCUGAGGCAAGGCCGGAGCCUGAGCUGCAAUUAACUCGUACCUAGGUGCCUUUACACCAGGUGGGGCUCAGCCUGGCAGCCCCGUGCUUGGAGACACUCAAGUCUGAGCCUGGCGCAGAGCUGUCUUAUUAAUCCAGGUUAGCAGGGACGUUGGAGCUACAAGCCUCGAGCAGCUGUUACACCGCAACAAAGGCCUGUGAGUUUGAGCCAUCACGCAGACGGUAUCGGCGCUGGAGCUCGGGUGCGUUUGUUCCGUGGACCGCCUAGGCGAGUGCUACUCCUGCAAUUUGACAUUGUGGUGUAGCGUGUAGGUGUGAAUGAGAGGGGACGGUGGCAGCCUCUCUCUGGGUGUAAGUUAUUUGUGGACGUGGUAGUUCUGAUUAAAAAAAAAGUUGCUGAC